AUGGCUCCCUCAACCUCCUCUUCCAGCCUGGUGAUGAUUAGCGUGGUGGCUGUCCUCUUGCUGCUCUUCCCCGUCGCACCUGCGCUUUCGCGGUCAGCCCAAGCGGUACUCGCCGCGUGCAAGACCGUCGGCGGAGGGAGCACGUACUUCGACGUCCAGUUCUGCGAAGAGGCCAUCAGCUCCGUCGCCGGCAGCGGCGCGGACCUCGACUACCAGGUUUUUGGUGGUCUCGCCGUGGGCCUCCUCGCAGACAACGCCACCAACACCAAGGCCAAGAUCGACCUCCUGCUCCGGGGCGGCGUGAAGCUUAAGGCGGAGGGCGACGCCGCCGUGGCACGGUGCCUCGUGUCGUGCCAGUCGCUGUACGGUGGCAUACUGGACGGCGGGCAUGCAUGCACCGCCGCUGUGAAGGCACGAAAGCUGGGCGAGGCGAUCGCGAUCCUAGAGAAGGCGGCAGCCGCUGCCAAGGAGUGCGAGGACGGAUUCGGGAAGAACAACGUGGCUUCGCUGUUGUCGCCGGAGGAUGAUGACGCGUUCAAGCUCGCAAAGCUCGGCGUCGCGUUGCUGAAAAAUUAA